AUGGCGAAGGUUGGGUCCGGGAUGGUAAGGCGCUCGCGUCGGGGCCGGGGACAGCGGCGGCCCACGACCUGGGAGAUCUCGGAUUCGGACACUGAGGGGCCUGUCGGCGCGGAAGCCGACUCUGAGGCCGCCGUGAGGGCCCGGGACCCGGCGGAGAAGCGCAGAGCGGCGGCCGAGGAGCGCAGAGCGGCGGCCGAGGCGCUGCGGCUGCUGCGGCCCAAGCAGGCACUGCGGCGCCUGGCGGUGCGCGUGGACCCAGCUAUCCUGGAAGAUGCUGGUGCUGACAUCCUGAUGGAGGCCUUGGGCUCCCUGGGCUGCGAGUACCACAUCGAGCCCCAGCGCCCCGCCCGGAGCCUCAGGUGGAGCAGAGUCAAGCCAGAACCUUGCCCCUGCAGUGUGCCUCCUGAAGUGUGGGCUGCGGGUGAGCAGGAACGUCUGCUGCUGCUGCUGGAGCCUGAGGAGUUUCUGCAGGGUGUCUCCCAGCUGACCCAGAUCUGUGGCCCCGCCUGUUCAGUGCCCUGGAUCUCUCCUGAGAGCCCCGCCUGCCUUCACCUGGCUGUCAUCGGCCUGGAUGCCUACCUGUGGUCUCGCCAGCCCCAUGCCCAGGAGAUGCAGCAGCCAGCGAGUCCAGGGAUAGCCCGUGCCGAGGUGGCGGUCGGCUGGCCUGAAGUGGAAGAGGCCCUGGUGCUCCUGCAGCUCUGGGCAAACCUGGAUGUGUUGCUGGUGGCCUCCUGGCAGGAGCUGAGUCAGCACGUGUGCGCCUUCACCAAGGCCCUCGCCCAGCGCCCCUUCAAGCAGUUACAAGAGUCCGGGGCCUUUUCCUUCUGCACAGCUGGGCGCUGGGCAGCAGUCGAGCGUGUGACAAGAGAAGGCACAGGGCUUCGGGGAGCCUGGUGGCGACAGAUUAGGCAGUUCAACCGAGUCAGCCCAGCUGUGGCUGAUGCUGUUGUCACUGCCUUCCCUUCACCCCGCCUUCUGCAGCAGGCGUACUUGGCCUGCGGCACUGACCAGGAGCGCCUGGCCCUCCUGGCUGACCUCUCCGUGAAGGUGGAUGGAGGCGCUGAGCCCCGAAGGGUGGGGCCUGACCUUUCCCGUCGCAUCUGCCUCUUCCUGACCUCCACCAACCCUGACCUCCUGCUGGAUCUGAGCGCCUGA